GAGCGAGCGGGUGCCAAGGUCUAUUCCAAAUCAUUCAAACCGUUGUGAUUGUAUCACACGAUAUAAAGAAAUAAGACAAAAUAAUGCCCAAAAGGUAGCCCUUAUUUGAGUAGGCUAUACCAUCAAUACCUUGUCUGUGGCCUCUGAAGCGGAUCCAGGCUGCACCAGGUGGGAGGAGGAGGAGGAGCCGGGAGGAGGAGGAGGUGGAGGAGGGCUCACAGAAGAGACGCUGACAGCUCCAGGUAUGCGAUCAGCUAAAGGGAGAACAUAAGUUAGUUCCAUGUAAACUCUGGUUAAUGGGGACGACUAAACCUCUCAGUUCGCUGUUAUGUGGUUUUGAAUCGUUGAUUUGCUGACCCGAUAGACUCGGAUCGGGAGAGAGAAAGAUGGCGCAGGAGGAUCCUCUGUAUGACUUCCCCGAGCCAGCCCCGUCAUCAGACAUCAAACGGGUUGUCCACCAAAGGGCGCAGGGAUCCCUAAAAAGUGUCAGCGUGCUGGACCGCCUGCUGCUCACAGUGCCAGUCUGGCUGCAGCUGCCGAUCAACCCUGCUACCGCACUACACAUCCUGCAGAAGGAACCGCCUGGGGCCUUUCUGGUGCGUAAUUCCCGUACAUCCAGGAGAAACGUGCUCUGUGUCCGUCUGACUGACGACUGCGUUCCAUCAUUUGUGCAGCAGUUUGGCAUCCGGGAGCAGCAUUCCACGUUCUGCCUGGAGUCAUCAGCCAUUAGUUUUCCAGACCUCCCCCGGCUCAUAGCCUUCUACUGCGUCAGCAGGGAUGUGCUCCCUUUCCCCCUGGAGCUCCCUGAGGCCAUCGCCAAGGCAACCUCCCACAAGCAGCUGGAGUCAAUCUCGCAUAUGGGAAUCGAAUUCUGGAGCUCCCAGCUGAACUACCGUGGUCCACGGGGGACCCCUAAAGCCAAGGACCACGACAAGACGGACCCAGGCGCUACAGAGAACUCGCCACAGACUCCUGCUGCUCAGUUUCCCUCCACGGCUGCGUCAGAUUCCCUCCCCCAACCUCAUCCAGCCAACCAGAUUCCUCAGCUGCCGCCUAGUCAUGCUGCUUGCAGCCAAUCCAUGACCAGUCCCACCGUGUUCCAGAAGCUCUGUCCAAUCACAACCCGCAGCCCGAGGGAGCUGGACUGUGGCUCGGGCGCCCUGUGCUUCGUCAACCCGCUCUUCAUCCAGCCCCAGAGUGUCCUCCACCGACGCCAGCUCUUCAAACGCAGCCUGAAGGUGAGGGUCUCCACCGAGACCAGCAGCUUUCUCUCCCCUCCUCUGGCUCCUCCCCCUCCCCCGCCACUCAUGCCCAAGACCAGGGGGAAAUGUAAAGCCAAGCUCGCGCUGGAGGCACUCCCCCCGCAGUGUCCGCCAAAGGGUCAGACCUCGCCGAGACCCGGCGCACACGCAACCCUAACCCAAGAGGCCCUCGUGGGAGCCCCACCAGGAUCUCCCGGACCGGGGGCCCAGGAGGAGGAGGAGCGAACGAAGGUCCCGGUACCGGUGGAAGUGGGGCUUAUCCCCGCAGGACAGGAGGCCAGGGACGCGGACGACGCUGGGGCCGAGUCAGACUACAUUGAGCCCCCUUUCGUCCACCCCCAGGCCUCAGCUCCUGGGUCCCCCUUCCUCUCCCACACUCCCUCACCCAUGGAAUGCCCUCCCCCAUUCCUCAAGGCCUCCCUCUCCCCACACAACUCUCCCUCGCUCUCGCCCUACCAGUCGCCCAGCCCCUCUCCCAUGCUGCCGUACUCCCCGACGCCCUUCGCCUCUCCCUGCGCCUCGCCCACGGUGGAGGACGCCUAUCAUGUGCCGUGUUCCACAGCCUUGAGACCGGCUCCCGAGAACGCCGCCGAGGGCGGUCAGGGACGAGGAGAUUGGGAGGAAAAGGAGAACGAGGAUGACGAGAGCAGCAAGGACGAAGGGGAGGAAGCCAUGGGAUUGCUUUUGGAAGAGCUUUAUGCAUCUAGCCUUAACAACCCAGCAUGCUGCGACUCCCUCAGCAGCUCAGAGGGCGAGGACGAAGAGAGCCUGUCCCCAUCGCCCCUCCCGCAGCUGGGCGUCUGUCCACUCACCCCCAGUAGUAACCUCCCCUGAACGCAUAAUGGUACGAUCAAGCGGAUCACAGCUGGAAGUUCAUCUCAGACUUAUGUUUCAAUAGAGGUGUGGUCCUGUUUGGAGUCUUUACUUGACCGAGCGAUACACAACAGCCAUUCCCGGAUUAUUCAAGGGCUCUUUAUGGUUCCACGUUCGCGACACGCAAGGGGGUUACGGACCACUUACGUCCUUGUGGACCCUUCCUAGCGUUCACCGCAAGGGCCAGACGUGCGCCUAACAAAAAUCAUAACCUUCCGUCAAGGCGAUGCAGCAGGAAGGGCUGGCUGUGAUCCGCUUACUAAAACCCGACGCAGAACCAUAAACGUUCACGACCGCGUUGAAGCGUCUGCGUGGUCAUUGCGUUGCGGGAACGUGGGACCAUAAAAAGGCCUUUAGUAGUAUGUGGGAGUUUUAAGUCAUAAAAUCUAAGAAAUUUGAGAACAUAUUCCGAUGUCAUUAACUAUUUGGAGAGCGACCAUGUUUUGGGUCGUACAUCCCUGGUCAACAGUAUUUUUAUGAAAUCCCCCAAAUUUAUUUUAUAUACUUAACCUUAAGGUCAGCCUCCAGUGGACUUCAUUGACAAGUGUUAUGACUGUUGUGGCUUGUGCAAUACAGUUUAGAAUAAUACAAUUAUUUCAGAAAAUUAAAGCCUUCAAAUUCGAUGAAAAAA